UUAUUGUUCGUUCAUGUGUAUGCAUUAUAUUUAGGGUGCGCCCCUAUAUUACAGCUUCGCGGUAACUAUAGCAAACAAGGAAACAGCUUGUUACAAGGGUAGAAGUCCUUGAUCUGUCAAACGGUCAAUGAAUAAGCGAGGAGAAACAUUGUUACAAUGUCUUUUCACAGUGUAUCCAGAGAAGCAUUGAUCGGAUCCGCUACACUUGGAGUUGUCUUUGUGGCUGGUUAUUACAUUGGUAAGGGGGGUAGAAUCAGCGUGCCUGCUUCUUAUCAAUAUCAUGACAUGUCAAGAUGACGUUGAACAGUCGGAUAUGACAGAGUCAUCGUGUAUGGUUUCCCCAUUAUUGUUCAAUUAUCAAACACUUAAACCACAGCAUCUAUACCAUAUUGCCAUCUUGAGAUACUCAUCAGUUGACAUGAUUGCUCCCUCCAGGCAAAAGAAGAUCCACAUUUUCCAUGGACAUCUUCAAGAGUCACUCUGGGGCAAAAGAUAACCCCUUGAUGCAGUAUGUCCUCAAUCAUUCAAUGAGGGAGCAUCCGGCGCUGAAAAAACUCAGACUGGUAAGAAGAUCCGGAUUUACAGAAGUCUUCAUUAUCAAAUAUGUUCCUAAAUUAGAUUUGCCGAACGCUAGAAACUGUCCAAAGUCUAAAUUGGAUGUGUUUUUGCACCAUUUACUAUGUUGCACAAGUGUCUGGGUCUGAGACUUGUAAAUAUAAAUGUACACUUAAUAAACAACCUGUUUUAUGACGUUAACAAAACAUUAACAUCUCCUUUUCUUCUGUUUCAUCUUCCAGAGGACCAUGGAUGAUUCCUGGAACUUCAUCAUGGUUGCAGCUGAGCAAUCUCAGCUGAUGGCUAACCUGGCAAGACUCAUCAAAGCCAAGAAAGCUAUAGAAAUCGGUAAAUAUUAUUCACAUUAUACUCUGUAUCACAUUUAAUCAUCUCUUCUCACACUAGUUGCUAUAGCCUACCAUUUUAUUUGAUGUUUCUAUCACAACCAAUAGCAUAGUGUAAUGCUAUUCCAUAUAGGCUUGCAAAAAUAAAUACUGUUGUUUUAUGUAACACAUUUACCGUAUACGAGUCUCAUAAUGCUCGUUUUAUUUAUCUUCCCUGUAGGCGUGUACACAGGGUACAAUACUCUGAGCAUAGCGCUGGUUUUGCCAGACGACGGGAAGAUGGUGGCCUGUGACAUCAAAGACGAAUACCCCAACAUCGGCAAACCCUUCUGGAAAGAGGUGAAAUGUGGAUUGUGUUUUGCUUUUCUGACAUGCCAGUGCUACGCGAUCAACUGUGCACUUAACUCUUUUAGACAGGCGUUUGGAGAGCUGGCAGGAUCGUUUGAUUGUCUAUAUGUCAUCUCUCACACCAUUGUAGUGAUUCUGGCGUGUGCAGGCCAGACAUGGGUAUGUUUUGUAAGGGAUAGCACCACUGACUACUGGGCUUGUCAAACUCCUUCACUCAUUACAUUCUGAAACUACUUUAUUCACAUUAGCCUGGUCCCAGAUCUGUUUGUGCUCUUGCCAGCUCCUUUGCUGAAAAUUGUCAAGCCGAACGUUGGCAUGACAAUGAGUGAAGGAGUUGGCACGACAAUGAGUGAAGGAGUUGGCACGACAAUGAGUGAAGGAGUUGGCACGACAAUGAGUGAAGGAGUUGGCACGAUGGCACAAACAGAUCUGACACACAAGCUACAUUUGCAUGGCAUCUGAAAAGCCAUCUCACUGUGAUAAGAACUGCACACUUGUCAUGGUUGCUGCUGCUUUUAUUGAGCUAAGAUACCAAAACACUCUAUGGUAUGAAACCAAGACUCACCUUUUAAGUUAAUCGUUUAUCCCAUAGCGGUCAACCUGUAGAUGUAUAGUAUAUUGCUGAUAUUCUGGACUUUACAAAAACAGAUAAACUCAGACUUGCUUUUUUUCACAGUCCCUCCUCAAAAUCAAUUCAAACUUUGAGAGACUGGCUGUGGUUGUGUGAUAGAUUGAUGGGAAUGUGAUGUGAAAGUCAUGUGAUCCAUCAUAGAGAGAGCCUGUCAGAGCAUCCAUUACCAACGGUCUCACCUGAUGACAGAAGUUCUUAUCAGUACUUCCACCUUCAAGAAAAGCCCUUCUUGUCGACAUUGUAAGCAGAGUACAAAAUUGGUGUCAGAAAAAGUCAUGUGUAACCAUGCACUGUAUUAUAUAACUCAACCAUCAGAUCUUUCUCAACAGGCUGGAGUGGAGAAUAAAAUAGAUCUACGGAUCCAGCCGGCGUUGGAAACUCUUGGUAUAGUAACACGUUAGUAACAGAUCCAUUAUCAGCAGUAGAUAAUGAACAAAUGUAUUCACACUCACUCACUCUUCCUCAGAUGACCUCCUGGCCAAUGGCGAGGCCGAGACAUUCGACUUCGUCUUCAUCGAUGCAGACAAAGCAAACUACGACAACUACUACGAAAAAUCCCUCCAGCUAGUGAGAAAAGGAGGGAUUAUUGCCAUUGAUAACGUGAGUGUUUCAGUAUGACGACUGUAGCCUAGUCAUUUGUAGGGUGUUGGCCAUGAUGCAUAGUUCAUGUUACCGCAACAGUAAUUCCAGCACCCAGAACCAAAUUAACAUCUGUCAAAAGAGACUACCACAGCAGUUAAUCUCAAAUCACAUGGACAGCCGUAAGCAAUUUAUUUUUUAAAGGUUAGAAUGAUUAUUUUAAUUAAUUUAAUUUUUAAUUUUUUGUCAUUUAGCAGACGCUCUUAUCCAGAGCGACUUACAGGAGCAAUUAGGGUUAAGUGCCUUGCUCAAGGGCACAUCGACAGAUUUUUCACCUAGUCGGCUCAGGGAUUAGAACCAGUGACCCUUCGGUUACUGGCACAACGCCCUUAACCACUAAGCUACCUGAUGCUGCUGCUCCUCCGUGCUUUUAGGUUCUGUGGAGUGGGAAGGUGGUGAACCCUGCAUCUGAUGACAUAGACACCCAGGCAAUUGACAAGCUGAACAAGAAGUUGUACCGGGAUGUCAGGAUCAACAUCAGCAUGCUCACUGUGGGAGAUGGGUUAACGCUGGCCUUCAAACUGUAA